AUGUGCCGAGAAAGUCCGACCAGCCAAUUUACCGGCCUGGAAGUUUUUGGAUAUCUUCAUGUCAACAGCCUGAAAUCUCAAAGGAGCAUCAAAGUUUUGCAAUUCAUACCAAUGGCAAACUCAAUUGACCGGGUUUUGGCCUCCGCUGUCGAAGGGCAAGCUCAAAGCCCACGCUUCGUGCAGAGUCAACUCAGCAGUCUUCAUGCAGCAUUGAAGAAAGAAGGACCGGCGAUCAGAGCGACUAUCGAGAGUGAGAGCAGACAUACGACGGCGGAGAUUCAAAUCCAAUAUGCUCUAGCACUUGAAGCUGUGGCCGCCUUGUUCGCAGAGAGCAAUCUGGAGAAGGCGCUUGAGGUCGAGUACUGGCUCGCGAGACGCGAAAGCUCCCUGUCACAUUCGGUCGCUUAUCCACUCGCCUACAUCUUACCUUCGAGCUACAACUUCUUUAAUGCAUGUGUGACAGCGGUGGCUGCAGCAAUUGCAGCGGGGAGCUGUGUCAUCCUCGAGGUUCCCAAGAUGCUGUCAAAGACCUCAGAACUUACGCAGACGACACUAAUAGCAGCUCUUGAUCCAGACGUCUUCAUUGUCGUUGACAAAAGGAUAGAUGUUGCAAGUCUGCCUCAACACAGCGUCCGACUCUUUGGCUCCGCAGAACCCAAUGUCGUUUACUCGAGAACGGAUUUGGUCCCUCCUUCCACUCGGACCGUCGCAAUUGUUGACCGUGCUGCCGAUAUGCAGAAAGCAGCAAAGGCCAUCUCCCGGGCUCGAUUCUCUUUUGCAGGCCAAUCUCCUCGUGCGCCAGAUCUUGUGCUCGUGGAUGAAUUUCGAAUCAAGGAGUUCUGCGCACAAAUCGCCAAGCUCACCAGCCAGUAUUUCGCUACACAGCUGGAGGUCAAUGGUCCUAGCCCCAAAGGCACGGUCAAGGCCCGAAUACCCAAAAUAUCAGCCCAGAGCUCGAACAAGCGGGUGCAGAGGUCAUUAUUUCUGGAUCCAGAGGAGCCGCUGCCUGUGUCACCUGUCGGAUUUGGCACCAGUCUUAGGGGGUUUUAUACUCGGGAAAUGUUCAAGUUGCCGAAGCCAGAGUUCAUUUCCUACAGUGAUAGGAGCCGUCAUCUAGCCAGACUGAUCGAUGGGAACGAGGUUAGUGAGGCAAUGAAGCUUCGACGUGCAGCUGAAUCACUGGAAACCAAGAUGAAUCAGCCUGCGGGACGUGCGAUUGGGUUCUUCGAGCAGGGGAUAUUGGUAGGAAUUUAG